GUUCGACAGCAUUCCUCUACUCGAGCGCCGAUCGAAGUACUUCAACGCCAUGCUGGUGGCUGCACAACGACACCCUGCGGCCCGAGCAAGUCGGCUGCUGAAUGACUUCGUCGGUACUCCGCCUGACCUCGUGUCCCUGCACUCGAGCGUUGAGAACAGCUACGUGAGCCUGAACCGGUUUGCGGCCCCCAAGCUGAGCUUCGACAUCGAGAUCCAGGAGAGGAAGGAGAAAGCCAAGAGCAUCCGGCGUCGCCGCAGCUCCAUCAAGAACCAGAGCUUCACCGGAUCGAUCGACGCCAGCUUCAACAGCCCGCGCUCCUCGCAGUAGAGGGGACCAACCACUCCGCUCCGCCGACAGGCGAGAUGUUCACCUUGCAGACACACACAACACAACACAUCAUCACCGCGCAGCACCUCGGAGCCGUUUUGGAUUUUUAUCUCAAGUCUGCCGCUGCCGUUGCGGCAGAUCUGUUCCUACUCGUAUUUCUUAUUCGUUCCUACUAGUCCUGUAGAUUGUCAACAAAAAAUAUAACGAGCGUCUGACGUGGAU